UACGAUAGGACACAAAAUCAUAGCGUGCAUAAAGUUUGCCUAACUCUUAGCUCAUUAACAUUAUUAUGCAACAAGUUCUUUAAAGUGUUAGAAAUCUAUUCUACUAUGUCAUUUGUGAGAGAAGAAUUAAAGGGAUCAGAGGAGUAGAAAUCUCUAAUGGAAACAUCCACCAUCUUGACGUUUCUGCUAUUCGCAGUUCUUCAUAAUCCAGUCGUGUCGAACAAAACAUGCCGAGUUACGGAUGAUUCUGUUGAAAAACAUCAGAAAAUGUUUCAACAGUUGGUGUCUGAGAAGAAGAGCGAUAUGAUAUAUAUUUAUCUUAAGGCACCUGAAAUAUAUGAAAUUCGGGAUGAUGAAUUCGAUGAAAAUAGGAUGGCCGAGUGGAUCUGGGUCACAGCAGAAUACCAACAUUUUCUAAGGUACCCACUGGAUUUUGAUCUGUAUACCUUUGGAGUGCUAAGGAGGGGUAUUAAAACUUUGCAUCUACAAAUAGACGUCGACAACGUGUUGGUGUGCAAACAUUCAUCACACACCGAUUUCCUGUAUGAUUAUUUAACAAAAGUGGUAAACGGUACAGAGAGUGGAAUGAUUUGUCAUAGAUACUUUGAUGACCAGCAAUGGAAAUCAUUCUUUUUCAAUAUAUCGCAUGUCUCAAUUGGUUAUGAUUUUGAAUGUUUUCCUAACAAAGAAGGUGUGAACAAACGCGAAAUAAUCACGAAGUCUCCGAUUAUUUACCUAACGAUAAUAAUUGUAGUUCUCUUAAUUUCAUUUUACCCUGCCAUUGUAUCGAUAACAAUCCAAGAAGAGAAAGAAGAUCAACAAUUAAUGGUGUACACGAAAGCAGAUUACCCAUAUACAUUCCAGCGUUUUUUAUUCUACAUCUUAUUUCGUAAAACAUCUCGUACUUUUAUAAGCCUCUUUAGAUUAACAUUUUUGAUAGCAUUGCUUGGGUGUGUUUUUUACAGUAUAAAAAUUAUAAUCACUGCCUUUUGUAAUCACUGCAUCCCAACAGAUAUAAGGCAGUAUCCCCGAGUUUUUGACUUAAGUACAGGGGAAUUAGAAGAUGCUGUUGGGGUAGAUAUUUUCAAUUCGAUCUUUUUUCUGGUAUGUUUAUUUGCUCUGAGUUGCAUUACUUUAAAUUACAAGAAAAUGAAAGACCACAUCAUACUACUAGAUAUUACUAAUGUUUGUUUCUACCCUUUAACUACAAGUAGGUUUCUUUAUCUCGGAAGUUUAAAAUUACUUCCAGUCGAAUGUUUUGUGAAACCUUCUAACCAUGGCAAAUCAGUGUUUUCUCAAACAGUUGUGCGUUACAAGAUGAUUGGAUCGAUUUAUUUCUGGAGUAAACUGUUUUUAUUCCCCAUGAGGAAUUUCACGGAAAUAAGAAAGUUGAGUUAUCAAUUACUGUACGUAUUUUUUUCUAGUUUAAUUUCCAUAAUCAAUAUAACUGUGUUUUUAUUUUGUACAUUAAGUCCUUUGAUGAACGUUAUGUAUCAUCACUCAAUUUAUAUUAUUACGGCCACUCACAAGUUAGUUUUGUUUCCCUUGAAGUCAUUUAGAAGGGAAACAAUAGACUUCCGUUACGUCAAUCCUGUACUAAGAUAUAUGCUUUUGUUUUUAUUGGUGUUAUCACAAGUCACGGCUUGCAGUAUUCCAAUAACAGGAUCAAUAGCGAUGUACCUGUUAUUUGUAAAUAACUAUGUUACAUAUGGUUGGCUGUACUUUCUACAAACAUUAAUAUAUUCCAUUUUUGCAGCUUUGCCACAUUUAUAUUUCACACAAAUCCAUACAUUUUCAGCAAUAUUUGUUGGAAUUACUUACAUUUUAUACUUUAUUGCGUCUUUUCUUAAGAAAUACCGAACAAUUUUAUUAUAUCUUCUUAAGUUAAAAAAUACUUCUAAAAUGAACGUUGAAGAAUUUGAAAAAGUUGUAUCACGUUUCUUUCCUUUACGAAAUGCUGUGUUUGCUCUCCUCGCAAAAUCACUUUUCACCGUUUUAUUCUUAGCAAUAAUUUUUAUAACAUUUCAAGAUGUUCACCUUUUGGAUAAAAAGAGCGAUAUUGACUUUAACAUUUUAUUUCCCAUUAUUGCAUCCUUAUUUGCACCAGGGAUUAUAGAAAAAUAUUGCUUUGAGAGUAUUGAAGAUAAAUUACAUCGUAAAGAAAAUGCUAUUAACGAAUUACUGACUGGGGCAAAUGAUAUUGAAAACGUCGUCAGCAAUGAAGAAGCAGAUAUUCAGUUUUGUAACUGUUACGGCAUUACAGACGAAUCCGAAAGAAUUCUAAACCAGGUGAAAUUUGAAAGAAAGUAUGCAUUCCCCUGUAUUCGCUGCGAAAAACAUGAAAAAUCUACUUGUCAGGUUUUUUGUGAGGAGUUAUGUGCAUGUUUUACGUUAAAAUGUGUAAACAACGAGACAACACACGCGAACCACUGUACGUGUUGUUACACCCUUGUUGAAAACUAUCAAUCAGCAGACUAUGAACUCUUAUCCGGUGACGAUCGUGAUAUUCAUGACAACCAAAAUGAAAACGACUGAUGACGACACAGAGUUUAAAAUAAGACCCACAAAUAACAAACAAAUCCCAAGAAAAAAAUCUAUCAUUUAUUUUUAGUUUUGAUUAGGUUUGCGCAGAAAUAUGGUGUUUAUUAAUAUUAUUAUUAUUUUGUUCCGAUGAAGUGGGGGUUACCCCAAACAUUUUACAAGUUUCAUUGUUUAUGUCGUAAUUCAUUGUAGGGCUUGAUGUAUUUUCUUGUAUCUAUUUUAUUGGUUUGACCCUUUUGGGUUAUGCAUGCCUUUUACAACAUUACAUCACCGUUAGUUAUGUUUACCUUUCAAUGAAUUCAUCCCAUUCUAUUUUGAAUAAAAAAAAAUUAAAAUAA